AUGGCCAGCCGAUCAAUAACUAAACCAGGACUAGACCAAGUGGCAGAAUUCAGACAAGAAAAACAGGAAACCGGACAGGACCCCACCGACAAAGAAAAAUCAGAGGAAAAAAAGAACACAACCAACACCACAUCCACGAUGAGAAAAGCAAAUCGGAAGAAGUCAACCAAAACCCCACAAAAGAAGAAGGGAAGUAACACAAGAAAGAUAUAUCUACUGAAAGAAGCUCUAGUCAGACGACAAAUAAAAUAG